GUAUUGACUUCAUUCUCUUCUGCUCUAACCUCACUACCCAAAUGGACUCAGGUAUUGACUUCAUUCUCUUCUGCUCUCACCUCACUACCCAAAUGGACUCAGGUAUUGACUUCAUUCUCUUCUGCUCUCACCUCACUAUCCAGAAAUCUUCAAGUCUCUGACAGUGCACAUGUUGUUAUAUGAUGCAUAUUUUAAUCCAAUGUUACAUUUAUUUGGGUAGUUAAAGCCUGAACCCAGACUACGUCCAAAAUAGCACUAUAUUCCCUAUAUUUAGUGCACUUCUUUAACCAGGGCCCAUAGGGCUCUUUUCAAAAGAAGUGCACAAUGUAGGGAAUAGGGUGCCUUUUGGGACAGAGACUCAGUGGUAUACUGCCAUCUCUCACACCAGAUCCCAGCCGAUGUUCUUGUGGAAAACGCUGAAAAAGCAGUCUACACGAUUGAAGGCCUCAAGCCUUUCAGCAGCUACAUCAUUGCCGUUUCCUGUAUUUUGUCAUUUGGUCACUGGAGUGACUGGAGCAUGGAGACAACUGGUAAAACACUGGAGAGAGCACCCUCUAGACCGCCAGAUAUCUGUUAUCAUGUGGAGACGGUGAACAAACAAGGACCUCAUCACCUUAUGCUUAUGUGGAAGGCCCUUGAUGUUUAUGAUGCUCACGGACAUAUUCUUGGGUACCAAGUGAGCUACACACAAACAAAGCACCCCUCUCUGAGUGUGACCACUAACACCACAGAUCUGAAGGUGGUCCUUGUGGUGACCGAGGAUGAGUUGGAGGUCACAGUUAUGGCGUACAAUAGCGCUGGUGGAUCCCCUUACUCUCAUCUAAAGAUUGACCUUAGUCUUCAUCAGACUCUACCCUCAGUGAGAAGACUUUGGGUGAAUUCUGAAGAUGAUAGGCUAGUGCUUCAAUGGGAUGUGGGACACAUAUCCCUGCCAGUUAGUGAGGUUGCCAAUGAGUGGGCCACUGAUGCUGCACAUCCCAUAUCCAGUCACUGGAAACGAGUGAAUGGCUCCACCAGAUCAACAGUCUUGAAAGACCAUCUUCAGCCUGGGACAACAUACAGAAUCAAUGUUUACCCCAUAUCUAAUCAACUGUGUGGGCCACCCAAGUCAAUCUUUGCCAACCUAGAGUACGGAACUCUUUUAGGUGCAGUCGGAAUGCACGUUGUGGAUGUGACUAAAAACACAGUGACUGUACAGUGGGAGUGGCAGAGAAAGGAGGUUCACCCCAAGGUUCUCAGAUACAGAGUGAUACUGCACCUGGGGGAGAUACAGGUCGAAUCUAUCCCUGUCUGGCCAGAUGUAUGGCAGCACACAUUCUUCAAACUCCGCGCAAACACAGGCUAUUCUGUUCAUUUACUGGCGGAGACUUCUAAUGACAACAUUUCAAGGGAAAUUAUUCCUAUUAAAACACAUCUUUUUGAACAUUAUUUCAUUAUGUUCACCUUCCCUCUAAUCGUCCUGCUUACCCUUGGCCUUGGAGUUUUCUUCAUCUUAUCCAGAACUUUCUACAAAAUAUAUUUCUUUCCAAAAAUUGCUAACCCUGGGGCCAGUGUUGUUGGACGAUGGCUUUUGGAGUCACACCAUGAGAAAAAACGUGUGAAGAAUGUACUGAAGCUCGAGGAGUUCUUAGUCACUGAUCUCUCAGGAGAAAACGGCUUUGUUGAGCUGGGGCAAGAAAGGCCACCUGUGAGAGAGGACGGGAUUUUUAACCCUGGUUCAUCUCACAGUACCCUCAAUAUAAAACAUAUUUUUAUUCCGCAAAAUACAGAAUACAUUGAAAAUACUCCUAAAAGUAACAGAGAGAACAGGGAUUCCUCCCUGAUGUUUAACAAUGUUGCCCACAUAGAGAAUGGCCAGGGUACACACAUAGAAAAUUGCCAGGGUAGCUUACCAGAAGGUUCCAGUUGUUGUUACUUGUCAACUUUCAGUGGACACCCCCACGUCUUUCAGAACUCCCCCUAAAACCACACUUGUUUCAUUUUGGUUGUUGUCAGUGACUCGUUAGUUCCCCCUUCUGUUUGAGCGACAUUUUAGGUUUUCUUGCUGGGGAUCUUAAUUAACAAUGUAUAGUGUUUGUUCUGCUGU